AUGAAUUGCUCCAGCUUAAUCGACAACUCAUCCAUUCCGGUUUAUGGAGUUUUAUGGGGAUGCACUAUUGAACAAUACAAACCAUUGGUCAUUUUGUACUUUAUACUCCUUCCAUUCUAUAUUUAUGUGAACAAAGUUAAUCGACGAAGAGAUGAAAAGAUGGUAAUUUUCCCAAUUACAAACCAUUAUUAUAAUAUGUUAAAGCUCACUUUACCAAUAUGGACAUGUUUCUGUGUUAGUGUUUAUUUUUUUCACAGAGGACAUAAAAAUCGAAUAUCUACUUAUACGUUAAUUUUAACAAGCUACGCACUUUACCUGUUCAACCAAGUGUUUCGCAUUUCAAUAAUUGCUCUAUCCUUUGAGCGGUUUCUUGUUUAUUUUUUCCCAACAACAGAAAAAAACAUCAUAUUGGUGAACAGCUAUAUCAUCAAAAGAAUAAAAUAUAUCUAUCUUGGACUAUUCAUCAAAGACAUUAUUUGUAUCGUUUUACACGCCGUUACUUUUUUUGAUGAUUCACACCCAUAUUAUUUGAUUUGGAGUGUAUUUUUCAUUACCAUAUUUUAUACCAUGCACAUUCUAUUGUUCCUGUCCGCACUUCUUUACAUUCCAAUACUUAUAAGUAUUCGAAAACUUUCUCAUCUAGCGUCAUCACAGCUUAAUAACCCCCAGAGGUACAUUUUCUGGCAGACGAUGAUACUGUUUGUGUUCAAGUCUAUGUCCUUUUCAAUGGUUGUACUUCAAAUGCAGGAUAUUGAGGACAUAUUUCUGAAUGUGAUUUCAGAAUCUAUACUUGAAUCGGCAACGAUCCCCUUAUUAAUAGUAAUUUCGUAUCUAGGAUGUAACAAACGGAAUGUGACAGUUUUGCUGUCUUCAUUUAAGCUGAAACAAUUUCUAAGAACCAUUUUAGGUUUAAAAAAUACUGUUGUUGAACCCCAGCAAUAUGUUGCAAGCAUUCAUUCUACAGUUUAA